UGAAAGGUAUUAUAUUUAUAUGGAUGCAAACAAUUGGGCAGUAAUCGUGGGAUUAAUUGACGGAUAAGAUAAGUGCGUGGUCCAGAAAAGGAUAUCGAUUCGGUUGUUUGUAUUGUUGUUUUUAUACUACAAACUACCAAUCACGAGAGGGACCAAUUUUUCAAAUUGGGUAAACCAAGUUACAAAGCAACCCCUUCUUCUUCUCGACCUGUGUUACUUGUAUACUUAUACGAAGAAGGGAAAUUCAAAAAUAUAGUUUAUGUACUUUCAAAUAAUAUGUACUGUUUAUGAUAGCUAAUUUAUGUCAAAUUUUUUAUACCCUGGUCUUGCAAAUCUUUUAUUAAUUAUUCUUGUGUAUUUCGAUCAGCACUAGACAGGUAAGCGAGUCUGAUUAAAUUGAAUAUUCCAUAGGCAAAUUGAUUUUGGAUAUGAAUUCUUUUUGUUGGUGAGUUUCUCUCUCUUGCAAUUAAUGGUGACAAGCAUCCAGGAAUCUAGUGCUUUUUGCUUGCUAAAAUGGUGAAGGGCUUAGGCAAAGAGAAAGGAGUGUGAAGAGUAGGAGUUGGUGGUGGUAGGAGAAGAAGGGGAAUUAAAUUAAAAUAAAGGAAAGGGAGGAGCAUGUGGGGUUGAUAUAGGGCAGUGUUUCACUGAAAACCAGGGAGCACAAUUCAUAGUUUUCUUUCUAUUCAGUGUAGAGUAGUAGAGUGCCCUUUUUCAACCGAAUGUGCAGUGUUACACGUGUAAGAGGCUAUCUUUUAUGCAUUUCUAGGGUCAUUUUUUUUGGAAGAUACCUUUCACAUCAGUUACAUAAGGUUUGCUGUUUGGUGUGACGGGUGGAGUUAAAUCGUCCAUUGGGAUUAUGCUUUUUCCCUAGCUGCAGUUUCUGCUUCAGUGGCUUGUUUUUUCCCUGGAAGUUGCAGCAGUGGAAAUGUAAGUUGCUGAAUGUUUUUUAAGGAAACUGUUGCUUUAGUCACAUUCUGCACCCAUCAAUUUCACCGGGUAUUGCUGUUCCUCAAUUAUUGCGCUGGCAAUGUACUAAGCCUAGUUGGUUCCCAAUUAUUGAAUCAUUUUGUGAUCUGUUUUAUCAGAAGUGGGUCUAUACUUUUCCCCAUAUAUGUGGUCUGAAUCAUGUGAGUUGUAAGGUAAUGUGGGACUUAAAGUUUGCUGGUUUUGUUUUUUAACUUUUGGUUUUCAGUUGCAGAGGUGCCAGAGAAUCCGAUCUCACAGGAAUGGGUGAGGAGGAAAUUUCUGUUUUGGAUAGAGUUGGGUGUGACAACAAGAGUGACACUGAAAGCAUGUAUCCCAUGUAUUUUGGUGUUUCUUGUGCAUUCUUUGCGCUCCAAGUCCUCACAGAAGUGCCACAAGUUGAAGUUCAAAGAUGGUGUAAAAUCCGUGACACCAUGCUUCAAGGGAGUGCUCAGCUGUUGGGGUUGGUAGUGUGGAAGCUUCAGAAGGGAAUGCCUGAUGGGGGAGAGUUCCGACUCAGAAGUGCUGAGAGAGAACUUGAGAACCUGAAAAGGAUGCGGCACGAGGAUGCCAAGGCCAAUGAGAAAGUUGUGGGCAUCUUUGCAGCACAAGAGCAAAGCUGGUUGAGUGAAAGGAGGAGACUCCGCCAGCAGAUUGGGGCUCUACUGACUGAGUUGAGAGUUUUUGAGAGAAACAAGGAUGCUGCUAUUUGUGAAUUGAAUCAGAAAUUGAAGGACAUGGAGGCUUUGGUGGAGUCAAGAGACAAGGAGAUGGAACAGGAGGAGCAGAGGAGGAAGGAGCUAGAAGAAAAGCUCAACAAGGUUGAGAAGGAUGCUGAAGAAAUGAGAGAUUCCGCCAGGCGUGAAGCUCAAGAGCAUUCUUCUGAUCUAAGGAAGCACAAAACUGCUUUCAUUGAACUUGUGUCAAACCAGAGACAGCUUGAGGCUGAACUUGGUCGCGCAGUUAAGCAAGUGGAAGCUACUAGACAAGAACUUGCUUCUGUAGUGGAGAAGAAGGAGGAAUCAGAUUUGAUGGUCCAGAAGUUGUCUUUGGAGAUUGCAAAAUUUCACAAAGAUUUGGAACAGAAGGAUAAAAUUUUGUCAGCUAUGUUGAGGAAAUCUAAACUGGACACUGCAGAGAAGCAAAUGCUGUUAAAGGAGGUCAAGUUAUCAAAAGCUAGGAGGAAGCAAGCAGAGCAGGAGACACAGCGAUGGAAGGCAGUUUCAGAAGGAAAACAUGAACGACAUUCCUUAAAAAGCAUGUUGGUGAACUUGAGUUCAAGGAUGGAUGUUUUCCCUAGUGCUAGAGGUAUGCAGCAUGGUUCCACAGGGUCCUCACACAUUGCAAAUGAACCAGACCAACCUUCUCCCUUUCCUGAUCACUAUUCGCAGCAAAGAAUUGGAGACUUGUCUAUUCCUGCUAAUGCUAAACGUUUGGAGGAUUGGAUGCGAGCUGAGGCAGAAAGGUACGCAACCUUGAUUAAACAGAGGCAUCAUUUAGAGCUAGAUGCUUUUGCUGAACAAAUGCAGCUCAAAGAAGAGAAAGUUGAGGCGUUUCGCUGGCAGUUGUUGAGGACAGAAUUAGAAAUGAAACAGAUGCAGGCACAUGUCGAGGAGCUGGUCAAGGAUGUGACACAGCUGAGACAUGACAAGAUGAGAUUAGAGACCUUACUGUUGGAGAGAGAAGAUGAACUGACUUCCCUGCAAGAGAAAUUUGUUUCAAAAUUAAGGCCCUCAAAAAUUAACUCAAGUUUCCCUCCACAAUCUUCAGAACUAGCUCAAGAUGGUGUCUGGUCAAAAGUGAAGGUUGUCAAGAGAAAGCCAGGUGAAAAAGUGCUAGAAAUGAUUGAAAAUUCUGUUGAGGAAGAUUGUGAGAGGGAAGUACACUGUCUGCACCAUGACCAACUUAACAAUGGUAGUUUACUUGUUCAAUCUCCAGAAAAUGAGAUUGAAGAAGAAGAAAAAAAUGUUUCCAGGGAGGAUAGUGCUACUCAUAUUCAAAACCUGUCUCCAAAUAAAGUAGAAGCCGAUGCUUCCGAAAAGAUAGCAUCUACCAGCCAGACCCCCAGUUCAACAAAACAGUCCCUAUGGAAGAUGGAUCUUCACGCUCUUGGAGUAUCUUACAAGAUCAAGAGGCUGAAGCAGCAACUUCUUCUUGUUGAAAGGUUAACAGGAAAACAAGCGAAUGAAGAGCAAGCAGAAAUCAAUGAUGAUAGCAAAGUUGGUAUGAAGGCAUAUCUGUCCUUGACUACUCUGCUCAAUAAACAAGUUGCAAGAUAUCAAUCCCUCCAAGAGAAGACAGAUGAUCUUUGCAAACGGAUGAAAAAUGGAGCAAUGAUGAACUGCUAUAUUAUAAACUCCAGUGUCCAAUUCCAUUUGGCACUCCGAAGUUGAGCAUGAAUGAAUGAAUCAUUUGUUGCACAUUAUUUCAGCACGGGAAUGAGCUCUAUGCAAGCAGUGGAGAUUUGAAUGUUGCAAGAGCAAAGGAGAAAACAUCAACACUGGAACAGUUCCUAGAGGAGACAUUUCAACUACAGAGGUACAUAGUUGCAACAGGACAAAAAUGGGUGGAAAUUCAGUCGAAGAUUGUUUGUGGGUUUGUUGGGGUGGCAGAAGAGAUGCAGAAAAGUUCUGGCAUUGACAUGAACCGGUUUGCCGACAGUAUUAAAAACCUGUUCCAUGAAGUUCAAAGAGGUCUUGAAGUUAGGACAGCUAGAAUUAUAGGAGAUCUUGAGGGAACACUAGCUCGUGAAGGAAUGACAUGUUUGAGAAGGUAGCAACGAAUUCAUGUGUUUAUUUGUCUAUACUAUACCUAUUACUCUACUUUAUAACACCAAUCUGUAUACAAAGAUUCCAAUGCAAAUUCAAACUUUCACGAUUUUUCCUGUC